AUGUCUUUUGCAAAAGCGCAUAUUCUUAUGCCAAUGCUGAUGUUUGCAACUCGCAAUGAUGUCAGAAAUACUAGCAACGCUACAGAGAAUCAAAAAUCUCUCAGUGUGGACACGCUCGCUAUGCAGCAAUUUCCACUGAGUAAUGUGAGUAGGAAAACCAUCAACGAUACUGAGAAUAUUAAGUCUCUAAAGGUGGACACAUCCUCUAUCCAGCAGCUAGUUCUGAAUCAAAAUACGAAUGAUAUAAGCAACGCUUCAGAUAAUACGAAAUCGUUUGAAAUGGACAAAAUCUCUAUCCAGCAGUUUCCUUUGAAUCAAGAGAUAAUGAAUACUAGCAACACUCCAUUGGAUUUAAAGUCUGUAAAGGUUGAUAAGCUAUUUAUCCAGCAGUUUCUCCUCAAUGAAUUAUUCGGAAAUAUUAGCGAUGCAACAGAGGAUACAAGGACUCAAAAAGUAAAUUCCACUUCCACUACCGUCCAGAAGUUUCUUAUAAAUCAGGAGGCGAACAAUACGGACAACUUCACAGAAGAUUCAAAUCUUCUUAAGGUGGAAACAUCCAUUAUCCAACAGCUACUUUUGAAUCAAGAGAUCAGAAAUAACAGCAACAUUACGGGGGAUUCAAAGUUACUUAAAAAAGACACACCAUCUAUUAAAGAGAUACGAAAUACGAGCAACACUACAAAGAAAUUAAAGUCUCUAACGGUGGAUACAGACUCUAUUAAGCAGCUUCCUCUGAAUGAAAAGACGGGGAAUACCAACACCGCUACAGAGAAUUCUAAAACACGAAAACCGAAUAACAACUCUGUACAGCUGCUUCCUCUAGGUAAUGAGAUAUUGGAAGCAAGCAACACUGUAGGAGAUUCAAGGACUCUAAAAGAAGACAUACCUUCUUCAAAACAGCUUGUUAUGAACAAAGAGAUUGGGCAUACAACCAACGUUACAGAGGAUUCCAAGUCUUUUAAGGUUGACAGGUCAUUUACUCAGCAGCUUCCUCUGCAUCAAGAGAUCGGAAAUACCAGCAACAACACCAAGGAUACAAUGUCUCUUAAAAGUGACACUAAUCCUAUCCAGCAGACUCCUCUGAAUAAAGAAAUUAGGAAUGCUAGCAACGCUACAGAGGAUGUAAAGUCUCAAAAAAUAGACACUUCAACUAAUCAGCAGCAGUCUCUGAAUCAAGAGGUAAAGAAUAUUAGCAACGUAACAGUCGAUUUAAAGUCUUUAAAGGUGGACAUGUCUACUACUCAGCAGUUCCUUCUGAAUGAAGAUACCACGAUUUCCGAGAAAUUUAAGUUUAUAAAAGCGGGCAUGCCCUCAGUUCCGAAGCUUGCUCUGUAUGAAGAAACGGAGAAUACCAGCUAUACUACAAAAGGUUUAAAAUCUCUAAAUGUUGUCAUGCCCUCUACUCAAGGGCUUCCCCUGAAUCAAAAGACCGGGAAUACCAACAUCACAGAGGACUCAAACGCUCUAACUGGGAACACAACCUCCAUGCUUUUUAUGAACCAAGACACCAGGAAUACCAGCAACGUUACAGAGAAUUCCAAUCCCAAGCUUUUAAACGUUGACACGCCCUUAACUGAGCACUUUCUUCUAAUACAGGAGGUCAGAAACACCAGCAAAGCUACAGAAGACUCAAAGUCUCUUAAAAAUGACUCUCCUCCUACCAAACAGCUUCAUCUGAAUCAAGAUAUAAAAAAUACCAGCAUCACCACAGAGGAUUUGAAGGCUCUAGAUAAUAAUUUUGUCCAGAAUCUUCAUCUGAAUAAAAAAACCAGGGAUACCCGUAACGCUACAGAGGAAUCAAAUUCUCUCAUUGCAGACACAUUGUCUGUCCAGCAGUUUUCUCUUGAUCAAAUGGCUGGUAAUUAUAAUAGAAGCAACCCUACAGAGGAUUCAAAGUCUACUAAUGUGGACUUACCUUCUAUCCAGCAGCUGCCUCUAAAUCAAGAGGAAAGGAAUAUCAACAACGAUACAGAAAAUUUCAAGUCUGUGAAAGUGGACAUGCCCAAGAUUCAAAAGCUGCUUCUCUAUGAAGAAACGGGGGAUACUAGCAACACUACAGAAGAUUUAAAAUCUCUAGAGGUUGUCUUGCCCUCUUCUCAGGAACUUCUUUUAAAUCAAGAGACCAGGAAUACCAGCAUUGUAACAGAGGAUUCCAAUACUCUAACAGUAGGCACUUCCUCCAUGCCAAAACCUAUAAUGAGCAAUGAGACCAGAAAUACCAGCAACCUUACAGGGGAUUCCAUUUCUCGUACGGUUGACACACCCUUAACCAGACAGCUUCUGAUACAAGAAAUCAGAAAUUCAAGCAACAACACAGAGGAUUCAAAGUCUCUUAAAAAUGAUAAUGGUUAUAUCCAGCAGCUUUAUCUGAAUCAAGGUAUAAGAAACACAAGCAACACUAUAGAGGAUUUGAAGGCUCUAAAAUUUGAUAACCGUUCUGACCAGAAUCUUCUUCGAAAUCAAAAAAGAAAUAAUACCAGUAAAGCUACAGAGGAAUCAAAGUUUCUCAAUGCAGAAAAGUUGUCUCUCCAGCAGCUCCUUCUAGAGAAAGUUGCUGGAAAUACAAGCAAUGCUACAGAGAAUUCAAAUUCUUUUUAUGUGAACUCAUCCUCUAUUCAGCAACUGUCUCUGAAUCAAGUGAUAAGUAAUAUCAACAAUGCUACAGAGAAAUUCAAGUCUGCGAGAGUGGACAUGCCCUCAAUGCAGAUGCUUGAUCUGUAUGAAGAAACGGAGGAUACCAGCAACACUACAGAAUAUUUAAAAUCUCUAAAAGUAGACAUGCUUUCAACUCAAGGGCCUCCUCUAAAUCAAAAGAUAAGGAAUGACAGCAAACCUACAGAGAGUUUAAAGAUUCUAAACGUGGACACUCGCUCUAUGACAGAUCCUCUUUGGAGCAGAGAAACCAGGAAAACUAGAAACGUUACAAGGGAACCCAUUUCUUUUAAGGGUGACACGCCCUUAACCCAUCAGCUCCCGAUACAGGAGAUCGGAAAUACAAGCAACACUACAGAGGAUUCAACGUCUCUUAAAAAUGAGACUGCAUCCAUCCAGCAGCUUCAUCUGAGUCAAAAUAUAAGAAAUACCAGCAACACUACAAAAGAUUUGAAGGCUCUAAAAGUCGCUAAACCUUCUGGACAGAAUCUUCCAAAUCAAGAAACCAGGAAAACCAAUAAGCUGCCUCUAUAUGAAGAAACAGUAAAUACAAGCAACAUUACAGAGGGUUUGAAAUCUCUAAAGUUUGACAUUCCUUCUACUCAGGAGAAUCUUCUGAAUCAAGAGACUAGGAAUAUCAGCAUCGCUACAGAGGAUUCAAAGAUUUCCCUAGUGGACCCUCCCUCCAUGCCAAAACCUAUUAUGAACAAUGAGACCAGAAAUACAAGCUACGCUACAGGGGAUUCUAUUUCUCUUAAGGUCAACAGGCCCUUAUCUCAGCAGAUUUUUCUGAUCCAGGAUUUCAGAAAUACAAGCAACAAUACAGAGGAUUCAAAGACUCUUAAAAAUGACACUGCUUCUAUCCAGGAGCUUUAUCUAAAUCAAGAGAUAAGAAAUACCUACAACGCUACAGAAGAUUUGAAGGCUCUAAAAGUCGCUAACCCUUUUGACCAGAAUCCUCUUCUGAAUCAAGAAACUAGGAAUGCCAGUAAGGCUACAGAGGAAUCAGAAUCUCUCAAUGCAGACACAUUGCCUGUCCCGCAGCUUCUUCUAGAUCAAGUUGCUGAGAAUGCAAGCAGAGGUACAGAGGAUUCAAAGUCUCUUAAUGUGGACUCAACAUCUAUCCAGCAGCUCCCUCUGAAGCUGCCAGCUCCCUCCACGCCAAAACCUUUUAGAAGCAAAGAGACCAGGAGAACUAGAAACGUUACAGGAGAAUCUAUUUCUCUUAAGGUCAACACGCCUUUAACUCAGCAGCUUCUGAUGCAGGAAAUCAGAAAUACAAGCAACAUUACAGGGAAUUCAAAGUCUCUAAAAAAUGGCACUGCUUCUAUCCAGCAGCUUCAUCUGAGUCAAAAUAUCAGUAAUACCAAUAACACUACAGAGGAUUUGAAGGCUCUCAAUGUUGAUGAACCUUUUGUCCAGAAUCAUCUUCUGAAUCAAGAAACCAGUAAUACCAGUAACGCUACAGGAGAACCAAAGUCUCUCAAUACAGACAAAUUGUCUGUCCUGCAGCUUCCUCUGGAUCAAGUUGCUGGAAAUACAAGCAACGCUACAGAAGAUUCAAAGUCUCUUAAUGUGCUCUCACCCUCUAUCCAGCAGCUGCCUCUAAAUCAAGUGAUAAGGAAUAUCAACAACGCUACAGUAAAAGUGGACAUGCCCUUAAUUCAAAAGCUUAAUCUGUAUGAAGAAACGGAAAAUACCAGCAAUGCUAUAGAAGAUUUGAAAUCUCUAAAGGUUUACUUCCCCUCUUCUCAAAAGCUUCUUUUAAAUCAAGAGACAAGGAAUACCAGCAACGCUACAGAAAAUUCAAAGUUUCUUAAUGUGAACACACAUUCUAUUGAGCAGCCUCUUCUUAAUCAAGAAGUAAGAAAUACCAGCAAUACUACAGAAAAUUUGAAAGUUCUUAAAGUAGACAUCCCCUUUGUCAAGAAUCAUCUUCUCAAUCAAGAAACCAGGUAUACACGCAACGCUACAGAAGAUACAAAAUCUCUUAAAUUGGACACUCCAACUUAUCAACAGCUUCCUCGCAAUCAAGAUAAUUUGAAAAUUAGCAAUGUUACAGAAGACGCAAAAUCUUUGAAGGUGGCCACGUCCUCUAUUCGACAGAACCUUCGGAAUGGGCAGAACAGAAAUAUUACAGAGGACACGGAGUCUCUGAUGAUUGAAACACCCUCAAAUCAACAGCUUCAUUUCAAUCAGGAGACAAGUAAUGCAAGCAACCUAAUAGAGGAUUCAAUGCCCCUACAGGCUGAAACGCCGUCUAUAAAGCAGCCUCUAAAUCAAUUUGCUGGGAAUAGCAGGAACGCUACUGAAUAUUCAAAGUCUUCUAAAAUGGACAUGUCCAUCGUAGAGCAACUACCCUUUAAACAAGAGAUAAGAAAUACAAGUAAUACUACAGAGAAAAUAAAAUCUGAAAAAAUGGACAUAUCCUCAAUUCAAACGUUUCCAUGGUAUGAGGAGACGGUAAAUUCCAAGAACGCCACAGAAGAUUUUAAGUCUCUAAAGGUUAUGCGGCCCUCUUCUCAAAACCUUCUUAUGAAUAAAGAGACCGGGAAUACCAUGAAUGCUACGGAGGAUUUAAAUAAUGCAAAAGCAGAUACGCUUUCUGUCCAGCAGCGAAUUUUGAGCCAACAGACAUUGAAUACGAGCAACACUACAGACAUUUCAAAGUCUCUAAAACAGGACACGCCAUAUAUCCAGCCUCGUAUUCUAAAUCAAGUAACAAGGAACGCUACAGAGGAUUUACCGACUCUUACGCCCACUGUCCAGCAGUUUUUUCUGAGUCAAGAGACACUGAAUACCACCAACGCAACAGAGGAUUCAAAUUCUCUGAAAGUAGACACUUUUUCUAUACACCAACUGUAUGAGACCAGGAAUACCAAUAACGUUACAGAAGAUGUCAAGGCCCUAAACAAUGACCGGCCCUUUAUUCAGCAACCUCUUCUAAUUCAAGAAAUAAGAAAAAACAGCAAUACUUCAGGGGUUUUAAUUCCUCUAAAAGUGAAUCCUAGCUCUAUCAACCAGCUUCCUUUCAAUCAAGAGAUAAAGAAUAUCAGUAGUACUAUAGAGGGUUCCAAUUCUCUAAAAGUGGAAACGCCCUCUAUCCAUCAGCCUCAAUACAGAGAGAUGAAAAAUACCAGCAACACUACAGAAGAUUCGAAGCUUCUAAAAGUAGACACAUCCUCUGUCCAGCAGUUUGUUUUCAAUUCAGAGACCAGGAAUGUGAGCAACGCUACAGAAGAUUCAAAGUCUCAAAAUGUUGAUAAAACAUCCGUCAAACAGCCUCUUCUGAAUCUAGAAAUCCAUAAUGACAGCAACAUUACUGAGAAUUUAGAAUCUCUAAAACUUAUCCAGCCAUCUAUCCAGCAGCUUUCGAGUCAAGAGAUAAAGAAUAUUAGCAACACUACAGUUGAUUCGAAGCCUCUAACUGUAGAUACACCUUCUGUCCAGCAGUUUCUACUGAAUCCAGAGAUUAAGAAUUCAAGCAACGCUACAGAUGAUACAACGUCUCUAAACGUUGGCGCAUCUUCUGUCCUGCAGCUUCUUUUCAAUCAAGAGAAAAGGAAUACUAGCAAUAUUACAGAUGAUUCGAAGUUUUUAAACCUGGACAAGCCUUCUGUACUGAGUCUUCCUCUGUAUUCAAAGACAAUAAAUAUCACGAACGCUACGGAAGAUUUGACUUCUCCAAAAAUGGACAUGCCCAUUAUUCAGCAGCUUCUUCUGAAUCAAGGAGCCAUACAUACUAAUACUACAGAGGAUUCAGAGUUUCCUAAAGUUGAUACGCUCUCUAUCCAGCCGCUUAUUCUGUAUCAAGAGAUUGGAAAUACAAGCAACUCCACAAAAUAUUCGAAGUCUCUACAUGUAGACACAUUCUUUAUUCAGCAGCCUCCUCGUAAACAAAAAACAAGUGAUGUAAGCAACGCUACCGAGGAUUUAUUUUCCAAAAAUAUUGACACGCUCUCCAUGCAGCAGCUUCUUCGAAAUAUGGAGACGGGAAAUUCCAGCAAUGAUACGGAGGCUUCAAAGUCUCUUAAGGACGACAAGCCCUCUAUCCAGCAAAUUCUUCAGAAUCAAGAGAUCGGAAAUAUCAGUAAAAACGUGUUUCAUUCAAAGCCUUUAAAUUUUGACAAUCCAUUUAUCCAGCCGGUUCUUCUGAAUCCAGAGACCAGGUAUACCAACAACGUUGAAGAGCCUUUUGAGCCUUUGAAUAUGGACUCGCCUUCUAUCCAGCAGAUUCUUCUAAAUCAAGAGACUUUAAUUAGAAUUGAACUUGAGAAGAAAUUUAGGAAUGUGCAAGAGGAUUUGGCAGUUCUGAGGACAGAAAUCGAAGAUAUAAAAAAAGAAUUUUUAAACACUAUGCAGGUUCAAACUAAAAAGCUAAUUGACUUUAAAUCUAGUGUGAACAGGAGCAUUGCAUCAAUAAAUUCAAAAUAUAUUCCAAACAAAAGAAUUACAAAUGAAAAAACAAGGCAUACAGGCCACUCUGAACAGAUAGCAUUCGAUGCACGGAUCGCAUCUGUACUGGAAUUCAAAGGCAGCCAGGGGUCUGUAGUACUUUUUGAUCAAGUCCUCUUUAAUCAUGGCGAUGGUUUUAACAGUACAACAGGCAAAUUCACAGCGCCUAAAAAUGGGCUAUACAUUUUUGGAUGGCACAUUUUACCUGGUUACCAGACGAUUACACAUACGGCUUUAAUGAUGAAUAAUAAUGAGAUAUCAGGAAAUUAUUGCAACACAGAAAAGAAUGCCGGACAACAACUAUGCAGUAAAAUGUCUGUGGUCCGGUUAGCUAUCGGAGAUAAGGUUUGGAUAGGAUAUCCUCGACCUGGAGAUAACCGAUCGAAAGCCUAUUUCUCCAGUUUCAGUGGUUUUAAAAUUUAG